AUGCAAUACAAAAAAACAUUAGUCGCCUCUGCUUUAGCUGCUACAUCUUUAGCUGCCUAUGCUCCGAAGGAUCCAUGGUCCACUCUAACUCCAUCAGCUACUUAUAAGGGUGGUAUAACUGAUUAUAUUUCUACUUUUGGUAUCGCUGUUGAACCAAUUGCUACCACUGCCUCCUCAAAGGCAAAAAGAGCUGCCGCCAUCUCCCAAAUAGGCGAUGGUCAAAUCCAAGCUACUACUAAGACGACUGCUGCUGCUGUCUCACAAAUCGGUGAUGGUCAAAUCCAAGCCACCACCAAGACUAAAGCUGCUGCUGUCUCACAAAUCGGUGAUGGUCAAAUCCAAGCCACCACCAAGACUAAAGCUGCUGCUGUCUCACAAAUCGGUGAUGGUCAAAUCCAAGCCACCACCAAGACUAAAGCUGCUGCUGUCUCACAAAUCGGCGAUGGUCAAAUCCAAGCCACCACCAAGACUAAAGCUGCUGCUGUCUCACAAAUCGGUGAUGGUCAAAUCCAAGCCACCACCAAGACUAAAGCUGCUGCUGUCUCACAAAUCGGCGAUGGUCAAAUCCAAGCUACUACUAAGACGACUGCUGCUGCUGUCUCACAAAUUGGUGAUGGUCAAAUCCAAGCUACUACCAAGACAACUGCCGCACCAGUUUCCCAAAUUACCGACGGUCAAAUUCAGGCUACAACUUUAACUUCUGCAACCAUUAUACCUUCCCCUGCUCCUGCUCCAAUUACAAAUGUCACUGACCCAGUGACCGCUGAAACAUGUAAGAGCAGUGGUACCUUGGAGAUGAGUUUAAGCAAGGGUAUCUUGACUGACGGUAAGGGUAGAAUCGGUUCUAUUGUUGCCAACAGACAAUUCCAAUUCGAUGGCCCUCCACCACAAGCCGGUGCCAUCUACGCAGCUGGCUGGUCUAUUACUCCAGAAGGUAACUUGGCUCUUGGUGACCAAGAUACAUUCUACCAAUGUUUGUCUGGUAAUUUCUACAACUUAUACGAUGAGCACAUCGGAACUCAAUGUAAUGCAGUCCACUUACAAGCUAUCGAUUUGUUAAACUGUUGA